AUGAGUAACUUAAAAGCAACAAGAUUCGUACUUGUGGCAAUACUCGUGUUAUCAUGUGUGUUUAUGAACAUCAUGAAGGUGGAAGCUCGAAAAGAACUUGGAUAUGGAGCAAUGAGACAUGAUGUCGCAUCUGGAUGUAAUCGUAAGUAUCCUUCAACAUGUCGACCAAAACGACCGGUGAAUUCAUAUAGACGAGGAUGUGAGAAAAGUACGAGAUGUGAUCGAGUUGGUGAUGACAAAGACCAAGGAGUUCUUUCAAACAAUUUAUAA